AUGACUGCUGGCAAUUUCUACGUCAACGAUAAGUCGACCGGUAGUGUUGUGGGACAACAACCAUUCGGCGGUGCACGAAUGUCAGGAACAAACGAUAAAGCUGGUGGUCCCCACUACGUUCUGCGAUGGGGAAAUCCUCAAGCAAUCAAAGAAACAUUCGUACCUCUCACGGAAAUCGAGUACCCUUACAUGAAACAGUAA